CGAGCCACAUUCGACGACCUCAGCGGGAAGAGCUUUGGAAUCAGUUACCUGGGCCGGGACAAACAGGGCCACGAGACUUACCUGGCGUUGGUGUCGGAGUGGGAUUUGGCCAAUGCCUUCGCCGCGGCCUCUCAGCCCUUCCUGCAGCUCAAGAUCGAUAUCAAACCCUCGGAGGACAGCCCCCUGCUGGAGGACUGGGACAUAAUCAGCCCCAAAGAUGUUAUUGGGACGGAUCUAUUUGUGGGGGACAAGCGAGCGCUCGCCUCCGCCCUGCCGUUCACACAGUCCAUCCUGUCCCAGGUGGGCCGCACCCUGACCCGAGUGCAGCAGGCCCUGAGUUGGACCUACAGCGAUGAUGUGAAGCCUUUCAAGCCGCCCCUAAGCGACUCGGAGUUCCACACCUACCUGAGCCACGAGGGGCAACUGACCCGCCCGGAGGAACUGCGCCUGCGCAUCUAUCAUGGCGGCGUGGAGCCCUCGCUGCGCAAGGUGGUGUGGCGCUACCUGCUGAACGUGUACCCGGACGGGCUGAGUGGCCAGGAGCGAAUGGACUACAUGAAGUGCAAGACCCGCGAGUAUUACCAGCUGAAGGGGGAGUGGCUCCAGCGCUGCGGCGCCGAGGACCUGGAGUUCAUUCAGGGCAACGUGAUGAAGGACGUUCUGCGCACGGAUCGGACGCACCCUUACUACGCCGGUUCCGAAGACAACCCCCACCUGCAGGCCCUGCACGACCUGCUGAGCACCUACGCCGUCACCCACCCGCAGGUGUCCUACUGCCAGGGCAUGAGUGACAUCGCCUCGCCCAUCCUGGCCGUCAUGGACAACGAGGCCCACGCCUUUAUCUGCUUCUGCGGCAUCAUGAAGCGCCUGGAGGGCAACUUCCGUAUGGACGGCGAGUGCAUGUCCGUCAAGUUCUGCCACCUCAAGCUGCUGCUGCGCCACUCCGACCCCGACUUCCACUCCUACCUGCUGUCCCGCGGCGCCGACGACCUGCUCUUCUGUUACCGUUGGCUGCUGCUCGAGCUCAAGCGGGAAUUCGCCUUCGAGGACGCCCUACGCAUGCUGGAGGUGAUGUGGAGCUCGCUGCCCCCCGACCCCCCAGAGAAGGAGGUGGAGCUAGUGGGCCCGCCCUGUCUUCCAGGAGAGCGGCGUAAAAACUCCCGCACGCGGCACAUGAUGCGGCCUGACCGUGGCCUCAGUGCCGAAGAGGAAGAAGAAGAAGACGACGACGAAGGAGAAGAAGAAGGAGGAGGAGAGAAGGAAGGGGAGGAGAGCAGCUCAGAGGCAGAAGCCGCUGUUCCAGACGGGGCAGUUGUGCCAGGCUGUGCCCUACUCCAACAAGGCAGCUUCGGUGAGUUCAAGUGCUACGAGGACCCCGGGGAGAGCGACAGUGAGGAGGAAGAGGAGGUGCAAGUCAUCCCGUAUGGCCAGGUCCGACAGCCCACGGAGGAGGAGGAAGAUGAUGACAGUGUCUGGGAGGAGGAGCCACUUAUCAAACCUCCUGACUCAGUGGGAGUGGCCAGGGACUCACUGUCCGCCCCUUCCCUCAGUUCCUGCACCCCCUCCUCUCAGAGCUCCCCUUCUUUCGCAGCUGAAGAAAACAUGACGCCGUCCUCCGACACCGAGGGCAAGGAAGACGGCCAGCUGGAAGGCGACCCCCCCGCCGUUGUGUCCCCCAGCCCUAUCAGCCUCCCCCCGCCCCAGGAGUUUGGCCGAGGGAACCCCUUCAUGCUCUUCCUGUGCCUCUCCAUCCUGCUGGAGCACCGCGAGCACAUCAUGAAGCAGAACAUGGGCUACGACGAACUGGCCAUGCACUUCAACCGGCUGGUGAGGCGGCACAACCUCAACCGGGUGCUGCACCGCGCCAAGACCCUCUUUGCCGACUACCUGCAGUCCAAGGUGUGGGACUCGGAGGAGGGGGACGAGGCGGCUGCUGACUCCCCGGGCACCUCUUGACCCCUCGCUGAGCUCCAAUCACCUUCCUACCUGAUUUCCAGGGGUGCAUUUGCUGUAGGGCGAUGGGGGGAGACUGCCUGGCCAUUAAUAUAAGGAAAUACCUGUAGAAAUAGUUUUAUAAGGCACAGCCACCUACCUGCAUGGGAGCAGGGAACUUCCAGGUCUGCUCGGACAGGUCCCAUUGCAGGUUCUUCCUGGGAUCAGUGCCUAGUGGGCUCCCUCGGCCUCCAACCUUUGGACCGUUAGGCAGGGUUCUGAAAGCCUCCCUCGGCCUCCAACCAUUGGACCGUUAGGCAGGGUUCUGAAA